UUGAAAGUUGAAUUGACGUUGGUGUCGCUAAUCAAUACGACUUAUUUUUCCUUUAAUUCCGGCGCCCCCCUCGUUGUUUUAUUACGUACCGUUAACGUUGUCGUUGCAGAAAUAUUAUGACCGCCGACCGCUCAAGAUGCCAUCGAUGCGUGUUAACUUAGUGUGAGUUUAGUUGUUUUAUCUCGGUUAUUUCAUCCGAAUUAGAAAUCUUGCGAACUUGUAAAUAUGCCGGAACAGAGCAAUGAUUAUCGAGUCGUCGUUUUUGGAGCCGGCGGUGUUGGUAAAAGUUCUCUUGUACUUAGAUUUGUUAAGGGUACUUUUAGGGAAAGUUAUAUACCAACUAUAGAAGAUACUUAUCGACAGGUUAUUAGCUGCAAUAAAAACAUAUGUACUCUACAAAUAACGGACACAACAGGAUCACAUCAAUUCCCAGCAAUGCAACGACUGUCGAUUAGCAAAGGACACGCUUUUAUUUUGGUGUUUUCAGUCUCGAGUAGGCAAAGUUUAGAAGAACUUAAACCAAUAUGGGAACUGAUUAAAGAGAUCAAGGGACCAGAUCUUAGUCAAAUACCUAUUAUGCUUGUUGGGAACAAGUGCGAUGAAAGCGCGGAAUUAAGAGAGGUGACUACAACAGAGGGCCAAGAACAAGCUGGAAGUUGGGGUGUAAAUUUUAUGGAAACCUCAGCUAAGACCAACCACAAUGUAAAACAACUUUUCCAAGAGUUGCUGAAUAUGGAAAAAUCAAGGAACGUCAGUUUACAAGUUGGUGGUAAGACGACGAGUCGCGUAGCGAAAGAUAAAUGCGAUCUGAUGUAGAGGAAAACGAAAAUUAAACGUUUCCUAAUUGUUAUUUGAUUAGAUUGUUCAACAAGUUCAAUUCUUUAUUUAUUCCUCAGGUGUUUUAGGCAUUUUUGGUUUUUUUGCCUAAAAUAAAGGAAAAUUAAUGAUUUAAAUGUUUGCAAUUAAGAUACUAGUCUCAAAAUUUUCAUAUUCAUUGUUAUAUUUGUUUCUUAUGGCUUAUAUUUAAACAUUUCAAACCACAAGGACAAACUAGUGAUUUAUUCGAGUCUACAUUAGAAAAGUUAUUACAAGGGAUAAUUUGAUUUUUAAAUAUAGAAAAAUUAAGUGCCAAGAUUCGCCUUUACAGUUACAUAGAUUUAUAAUAAGAAAUGUGACAUUGAAAACCUUUACCAAAAAUCUCAUAGAGGAUUUUUUAUUCUAGCAAAGAAAGAAAAUCAUUAAUAAACGGGAUUGAUUUUAAUUUAUUUUCUGUUAUCAAUUACCAUGUUGUUACUGGUACAAUUCUAUCUAAUACCAGAAUAAUCUCUAACGUGUUGAAUAACAAUGAUGAAUCACUUGAUAAGGUUGCAAAAAGAAUUGAUAUGUUUCUCCAAAUAAAUUCCUAGAAGUUGUUUCUAUAAUAUCACGUUACAUUCCAGUUAACUAUGCAGAUAACAUUGAAAGUAUGUCUGCAUGCCAUAUGAUAAACAAAAUAUUUAGCAUGUAUUAUUAAUCAAAAAGUCAUGAUUGAUUUCGAUUUAAAUAACACAGGAUUUAACAAUAACUUUUCUUUUUAAAUUAAAAUAUUGACUGGAUUUGUCAUUAUUAAAAUAAUAUGAACAUGUGCUGCUUACUAAUACAUUUGAAAAUGAUGACUUAUGUCUCAAAUAAAAUUUGGUUUAAUUAGAAUGAUCAAAAAAAGAAAUUUGUGAUGAAUAGUUUAAACAAGAAGUUUAACAUUACACUUAAUAAUAUUAAUGUUUAAUUUAGCGUUGAUUUAUAAACUUUAAAUAAAUUAUUAACUUGUUAUCCAGAAAAUUGUUUGGUGCAUAAACUGAGGUGAAUUAGUUUCUGUCAUUACUAAUUAAUAUUAAAAUGUAAUUAGAACUUGAUGGUCUUCUAUGCGGAUCAUUACCAUAAUCUGAGUAUGCUAAAAGUUUAGCAUCCUUAUUUAAAUAUUUGUAAGAAGCGAGAAAUUCUAAAUACUUAAUUAAAGUUUACUUUGUUUUCUAUAAUACCUUUCAACGUUUAAUUUUUAGGAUUUCUUUCUAACAAUUUAAAAAUCAAGCAUUGAUAUGCUACUUUCUCAGCUUCCCUUAAAAACUCAUCUUUGACUAAAUGAACAUCUAAUAAUAAAUAAACAAUUCGUUUAUUUAAUUAAAGCUUUCUUCCAGUCUAUGUUUAAUUUUCUUCAUGAUAUUGAUAACAUGAGUUCAUUUUAUAUAGAUCUUUUCAUUAUUUGAAUGCAUGACAAGGUAUAACUUCUUGAUAAGUUUCAGGUGUAAAUAAUUUUGUAAUAUUCAUUUUAUUUUUUAUUAUUAAGUUGAUUUAUUUAAUAUACAGGUAUCUCCAAAAUAUGUGUACAACGGAAGACCACAGAGUCCUUGGCUCAAAAUAGGUCGAUUUAAAUUAAGUUAUCUAUAUCCAAAGUUGAUUCUUAAAACAGUGCCAAUUACGAUGAGGUUUUGUAUUGCUAUGACGUAAACAAGGCUUGCAUAUAUUUCAAAAUGCCUUUUUUCUGGCUUUACGUAAUCAAAAUCUUAUAGGAGACAAAAAGGUUUCCAAACGUUGCUUCACCAGUAAAAAAA